GUGGCAGAAAUGAAUGAAAGCGUCCCCUUGAAUGAGACUGGGGCUCCGGCACCUUGGAUUCAGAGCAGCAGUGGCAAUUCUUCACUGGAAUUUUCCUCCAAGCUCCCCAUCUUUAUCCUCAAUCCUUGGGAUAUUAUGCUCUGCAUCUCGGGAACCAUCAUUGCCUGUGAAAAUGCCAUCGUGGUGGCCAUUAUAUUCUACACUCCCAAUCUGAGAACCCCAAUGUUUGUGCUGAUCGGGAGCUUGGCCACGGCAGACCUCUUGGCUGGAGUUGGCCUGAUCCUUAAUUUUGUAUUCCAAUAUGUGAUCCAGUCAGAAACCAUCAGCCUUAUUACCGUUGGUUUCCUAGUUGCCUCUUUCACUGCUUCUGUGAGUAGCUUAUUAGCUAUCACAGUAGAUCGUUAUCUUUCUCUAUACAAUGCACUGACUUAUUACUCUGAGAAGACUGUUUUUUGUAUUCAUAUGAUGCUAAUCAUCACCUGGGGGGUUUCACUCUGCUUAGGACUAUUGCCUGUCCUAGGCUGGAAUUGUAUGGAAGAUUAUUCAUCAUGUAGUAUUGUCAGACCUUUGACCAAAAGCAAUGUGACUUUGUUGUCUGCCUCCUUCUUUUUCAUUUUUAUCCUUAUGCUCCACCUGUACAUCAAAAUCUGCAAAAUAGUCUGUAGGCAUGCACAUCAAAUCGCACUCCAACAGCACUUCUUAACUGCAUCUCACUAUGUUGCAACCAAAAAGGGAGUCUCUACACUUGCUAUCAUCCUUGGGACCUUUGGAGCCAGUUGGUUACCUUUUGCUAUCUACUGUGUCAUUGGAGAUUCAAACUACCCUGCGGUGUACACUUAUGCCACACUUUUACCUGCUACCUACAACUCCAUGAUCAAUCCCAUAAUUUAUGCCUACAGAAACCAAGAAAUUCAGAGGUCUAUGUGGGUUCUUUUCUGUGGCUGCUUUCAAUCCAAAGUGUCCUUUCGUUCAAGAUCCCCCAGUGAUGUUUAA